CGCGGUCUAAGUCGAUCUCAUCAUCAUCAACGGCGACACUGAUAACGUUCCAUUAUGAACGGCAUCCCAAUAUUUCCCAAAGAAUCUGACCUGAAGGGGGACCACACUAACGGAUAUAACAACAAUAAUAUUAACUAUCCUUCGUCCUCAAAUUUCGCAGACUUUCGUCCUCAAUCCCACUCUCCUUUCACGCCCAAUCAAGCUCAGCAGCAAAUGCACGCCAUGAAUCAUGCAAACCAGUGGCCCCAAACAAACCACCAGAAUGCUCAACCUCACCCACAACAAACCCAGCAUCAGCGGCCACACCAGUCUGUGCAAACUCCACAACAACACUUCAAUCCGAGUCACUGGAAUUUACCCAUGCAUCCUCCAUCGUUUCCCAAUGGUAUGGUCGGAAUGAAUGGCAUGAAUCUCAUGGGCUUAGGUCUCCCGCCCUUCAAUAUGCCGAUGUUUCCUCAACAAUUUUUACACGACGCGCUUGCUCUUUCUGCUCCGGUUGUCACCGCCGACGAGACGCUGCUGUUAGAAACUUUGAUACGGCAUCAGGCACAGGGAGAUAAUUAUAAGGAUGCCCUCAAUAGCUUGCACGGUAAAAAUGGCCACUCGGCAAGUCUAUGGAAGGACUAUUACCUGGAACACAAAGACAGGAUAGACCAAAUCAUUCUCAAGCGUUCGAAUCCGAAGGAAAAGGAAAAACAACAAGACGAUUUGAAGGAUUUGAAAUCCGUCGUGAAGUCGGUAAAGAAGCCGGUCAUCAAGUUGGAACCCUCUCCCGACCCAUCGUCCGCUACUUGGAAGCAUGGCCGUUCUUCUCACAAACCUCGUCGCCAGUCAUCUCCUCCCCCUCGUAAACCGCUUGCUUCAUCAAGCCGGACACCCUCUGAAUCUGUAACCAAAGGUGGCAGACGACGCACAAUCAACAGCCUGACAGUCGAUGCGCCGUCAUAUUCCAGGGAAAUGCCCCCUUCAAAUGCUGAGAUCCAGAUUCCCGAACCCCCUUCGCGUUCCCCUACACCACCAACGAAAGUUGUCCCUCACAGCCGAGGGAAUAAAUUCACCGAAGAGGACAGCGGAUUCUUCAUUAAAUAUAUGUCUUGGAAGCUCAAGAAUGACUCCGACUUAUCGCGCAACGACCUGUGUGAACUACUCGCAGAGAAGGCGCCGCAUCACAGUAGCCAAUCGUGGUAUUCCUACUGGUCUAAUCACCACGAUCUGCCUGACAAGAUUCUUGCCGCAGCACAUGGAGAAGAGGAAGGGGGGUCGGGAGAGGGCUCUGGGGAUGCAUCUUCAGAGGAAGAAUGUGACACUGUUCGACGGCGCCCAAAGUAUAAAGAGCCCAGUUCUGAUGAGGACGAGGAAUCUCAGGCGACCGAGGAGGAUGAAGAGAGCGAUGUUGACGGUGAUUCGCAAAUACCUUCUUUUGAUGAAAACGCCAUGGGACAACCAGGCACCUCUUUCACCAAAGCCGAUCUUGCAAUCGUUGCACGCUAUGUCUCAACUUUUGACGAUUGGUCAGCUGCAACGAAUGCGACAAAAUGGGGUGCUUUCGCUGGGAAGUAUGCACAACGCACUGCCAAAGCUUGGGCGGAGUAUUUCCGACGUAAUGAACGUGCGAUUACGAAACUUUCUAAGAGGAUACGCAAGCAGGGCAUCACGACCAGCUCCCCCCGUGGUCGAUUAUCAUUUGAUAAUGGACCGCCCAGAACGAAGCGCAAGUUCGUUCCAGAGGAGGACUCGAUAAGUGAACCUGAAUCGAAAGCAAGUAGAACUUCUUAGUCUCAUAACGCCUUUCUCGAUUCAUAAUUUAACUUCUAUAUUUCCAACGCUCUAAUAAUGUACAUACUGUAUAUUCCAUCAUGUUUCGGU